CUUGUUGGUUACUUUCUACUCGCAAUCAAUGUCGUCCUCCGACGCCGCCGCCUCGUCUUCUGACGCCAAUGCAACUGCAAUGCAGAUCGACGCUGCCACUGAAGCCGCGCCGCCGACGCCGACCAUCACCGAGGUCUCCUCGGCCAAGUGCUUUGGUGGCGUGGUCAAGCAGUUCAAGCAUCGCAGCGCAGUGCUCGACUGCGACAUGACCUUCGUCGUCUUCCUCCCUGCAGCUGCACGCGUCAUUGACGUCGCAAACAAGGAACGCAACCCGCAGGACGUCCCUGCGCUCUACUGGCUCUCUGGAUUGACUUGCAAUGAUCAGAACUUUAUUACCAAGGCAGGAGCUCAGCGCGCGGCUGCCAAGCACGACAUCAUCCUCGUCUGCCCGGACACUUCCCCUCGUGGAUGCAACAUUCCCGGUGAAACCGAUUCGUGGGACUUUGGUGCAGGCGCCGGAUUUUAUGUGGACGCGACCGAGGACAAGUGGAGCAAACACUACAACAUGUACACUUACAUCACUGCCGAGCUGCAGGCCAUCGUGGAAGAGAACUUUAACGUCAACCCAGAGAGGCAAUCCAUUUUCGGCCACAGCAUGGGAGGUCAUGGCGCUCUGAUUUGCGCCCUGAAAAACCCUGGCAUGUACAAGUCUGUCUCCGCAUUCGCACCAAUUUGCCACCCGACUCAAUGCCCGUGGGGCACCAAGGCCUUCUCGGGUUAUUUGGGUGCCGACAAGGAAACCUGGAAGGAGUGGGAUGCUACGCUUUUGACCGAAUCGUACAACGGACCCCGAAUGGAGGUUCUGAUUGACCAGGGCACCGAUGACAAGUGGUACAAUGAGAAGCAGCUUCAACCGGAGCCGUUUGUGGCAGCUUGUGCGCAAAACGGCAUUGCUGUCUUGCUGAGAAAGCAGGCUGGCUACGACCACGGGUACUACUUUAUUGCCACGUUCAUUGACAGCCACAUUGAGCACCACGCUCGCUUCCUCAAGAAUUAAUUGGAAGGAACAUGCUCCACUUUGAUGGGACGCCGUGCCUUUGUGUCUCUCCGCUCUUCUCGUUUCGAUAAACUGCGCGUGGGUGGAUGGAAAAAAUACAAAACCAC